CCCGCCUCCCGCUCCCUGCUGGCCGCCCUCGUCCUGCUGGGGCUGGGACAGGUGGUCUGCAGCGUGGCCCUCUUCCUCUACUUCCGAGCCCAGAUGGACCCUACUAGAAUUUCAAAGGAACAUGCACACUGUGUCAGAACACUUUUUGGACAUCAAGAAAAUACAGAUUUGCAUGAUGCAUCCUUUGAAAAUCAAGAAGCAAAGUUAAUGCCAGAAUCAUGUAGAAGCAUGAAACAGGCUCUCCAAAGAGCUGUGCAGAAGGAAGUUCAGCGUGUCAUGGGAAGAACACCACCAAGACCAGAAAAAGCUGCAAUGGAGGCAUUAGGAAUGGAUCUGUACAAGAGAAACAAACAUGAGAAGCAGCCUUUUGCCCAUCUCAUUAUCGAUGAUAAGAAUAUUCCAUCUGGGACUCGCAAAGUGAACCUCACAUCCUGGCAUCAUGACAAAGGCCAGGCAAACUUAUCUAACAUGACAUUCAGUGAUGGGAAGCUCACUGUUAAUCAAGAUGGAUUUUACUACCUUUAUGCCAACAUUUGUUUUAGACAUCAUGAAACUUCUGGAAACCUGACUAAAAGAGGCCUUCAGCUGAUGGUGUAUAUGAUUAAGACAAACCUUAAAAUAAGGCGCUCUGAUGUGUUGAUGAAGGGAGGAAGCACCAAAUACUGGUCAGGGAAUUCAGAAUUUCAUUUUUAUUCUGUCAAUGUAGGAGGGUUUUUUAAAUUAAAAUCUGGUGAAAUGAUAAGUAUCCAGGUAUCAAACCCAUUGCUACUGGAUUCAUCACAAGAAGCAACUUACUUUGGGGCAUUUAAAGUAAGGGAUUUAGACUGA